UCGCCAUCUUUGUUUGGAUUGGGGGAAUAGAGUCAAAACCGGUCACAACUUGGAAAACAGCUUGAAAAUCUUGUUUAAAGUGCAGCAGACUGAUGUUUUUACUUCCUGGUGGUUAGAAGAGUCUUUGAGGAUUAUGGAAAUACCUUCAAAACAGCUUGAACCCGGAUGUGACGUUCCCGCUCGGCGCUCUGCUCUCCUGCCUGCGUGCUCGGUGAAUCGCGGGUGGAUUAGCUCGGUCUGUUCUCCGGUGUGUUGUCGCUGUUAGCUUAGCACCUGCUGCUGUUUUUCCGUCACGUUUCUGCGCACCAGCUAACCGGUGGAAGUAUUAACCGACCUCUCAGCUGGAUAAAUAAACGCCGAGCCCGGCAGGAAGCAUGUCCACCGCCCUGGAGAGCUACAUUAACCGUACUGUGGCCAUCGUCACCUCGGACGGCAGGAUGAUUGUGGGCACUCUGAAGGGCUUCGAUCAGACCAUCAACCUGAUCCUGGAUGAGAGUCACGAGCGGGUGUUCAGCUCCAGUCAGGGGGUGGAGCAGGUGGUGCUGGGACUCUACAUCGUCAGAGGAGACAACGUGGCCGUGAUCGGGGAGAUCGACGAGGAGACGGACUCCACUCUGGAUUUAGGAAACAUCAGAGCCGAGCCGCUCAACUCUGUCGUCCACUGACCUCCGACCUCCGACCCCUCGGUCUCUGUCUCCGUGGCAACAGAUGACAGCGUGACCGAGGACAGCACGAGGAUCCUGUUUUCAGACGCAGGUUCUCGGAGUUAUCCGGAUCCGCUGAGACCGACUGAUGUUAAAUAAUAAUGGAUCCAGAAAACUCCGCGGCCCUUCUUCCACUAACGGACUCCCGCGCGCCAUUUUUCUGUUUGUGUUUUUUUUUAUAAAUAAAGUUGUGAAUUGCUCGAGUUGUUAGAUGAACUUUUUUAUGCUUGGAGUCUGUUUUUUGUCAGAUUGAGAUUGUUUGUUUAAUAAAGUUUCAUUUCUCAUA